AUGGCACCUACAUCAAACCUCUUCGUCCGCGGUUCCCCACCCACCAAACGCUCCAUGGGCCUCGACGACCCCAUCUCCCUCGCCCUCGUCGGCAUCAGCGUAUCCGCCAUCAUCAUCUCCAUCGUCAUCCUCCUCGCCGUCGGCCGCAACCGACGCAACAACGCCGUCCUCGCCGAGGAGCUCCACUUCCACUUUAGCGGCGAGACGCCCCGGGGCCGCGCCCCCGACUUUUGCUCCCCGACGACCUACGAGGCCGCGCAGCACAACCUGCCCCUCCUCCUCGCCGAGCCCUCGCCCCCGACCCCGGGCCUCUACCCGCCCCCGGCCGCGAGCCCUCCUCUGCGGUCGAUGGGCCGGUCGGACGGAGACCAGUCGCCGGCUCCGCCUUGCUACUGGCAGCCUUCCUCCCGGCGUCGAGCUGGGUCGAGGGAGCCUUCGCCCAUGGGUAGGCGUUGGUAA